AAGAUCACGGAGUGUGAACAAACAUGAAAUUCUGCUUUUCGAAUUCAGAAUAAAAAGAACUCGAAAGAAGGAUGCUUGGCCACGGCAUGUUUAACUGGUGGGGGUUUUCACCUCCACUGGAUUUCUUCAGUUAUUUGAAAGAAAGUAGUACCUGUACAGAUGGUGCGCGGGACGGAGAGGUGGUGCAGGUGGCCGUGGUGGGUGCUGGGGACCCUCGCCACCUGCUGCAAACACUGGCCAAAAGGGUCGGUACAAAGCGGCUUAGGAUUUUCAUACUAGAGGCUUAUGUGGAGGUGUACGCACGGCUGCUGUUGCUACUGGGAGCGAGUCUGCAGAUUGGCAUGGGGGUGAGGGAACGAGCCACGCUUCUGCUCGACCUGUGGGCCAACCUGUACCUCCGACCCACGUCCAGGGCCUAUCUGGAGCUCGUCGGUCGGAGGUUUUCAAUGGCCAUGACAGACGAGGCCUUGCAUUCCAAUCUCAUCGGCCUGGUGUCCGCCGGUCGACUCAAGUACCGUGAGAGGGAUGCUAUGGACGCUGUGUGUCGCUCAUGGUUCACUCUCUCAGCAGGAGAUUAUGAUCCCUCCCUAUCAUGGGAUGUACGACUGCGGCAGCUGUUGAAGACUCGUUACGACAGCAGGAGGGCAGAGGCGGACUGGGCCUGGCACAUGCGCCUUGCUUUCCGGACUCAACAAUUACAGACUGCGGUAAAGGAAGCUGAGGACAGGAAGGAACAGAAAGGCGGAAGUACUUUCCUAAGCACCGGCUGGGGCCAAGAAUUCCUGACGUGGCGGGAGGACGGGCGUGCCUUGGCUCUGGGGGCGGAGGCGACACCAACACUCCCCAACACAUCACUUGCCUCAGUGGCAACGGUGAUGGAGGGGUCGACGAAGCAUCGGCGCAUCGGGUACUGGGGGGACGUGCUCACAGGGCCCUUCCCUGCACUGGCCCUCGCCUCCACUGACCCGCGGGCUGCCAAGGCGCAAAACAAUAGAAACGCUCACAGCGGCAGCGAAGUAGCCCUCUGGAAUAUGGAGAGUUUACUGGAUGAGCUUUGGGCAACCUACCUUCAGGAAACAAAUGAUGAUACAGUAUAUGUAAAUACGGCUGACAAACUUGAGGCAAAGGAACUGAUAAAGAGCAAAUCACCGAGUGCGGAGGAACAUCUUGAAAACAUGUGUGACACUGUUGAAAAGUUACACAUCCAGCAAGGUAAGGAUGGCCUGGCUGGUGGUGAAGGAAAGGACACAAAUGGAGAAGCCAAUAUCGAGAAUCCACAGACAAAUACGCACUCAGUAAAUGCAGAUGUACAGAAUAUGAACGUUAUGGUAAACAAAAAUGAGGACGAUGAGAAUUCCAAGAAGCGUGUCAAGAGUAAACCUCCGAGAAAGAAAAGCAGCGUGGAAGGAGGAAGAGCUUAUAUUGAUUAUUUGAAGCUGGACGGAGUGGAGAUCAUCUUGUUGUCCCCGUCGCGCCUCAACGAUCUGUCUUCACUAUCAGAAAUCGAGGGAGAACUAGACCUGAUUUACCUGUCAGCAGCCAUGGCCCACAUGAUGUCCCCUUCUUUCUUCCUGAAGCACCGAGGCGCACACACACAGCUUCUCCUCGAGACUGUUCAGAUGUUCCCGCAGCUGACGGACGACCAAGUCAAGGAAUACCAGACACGGGUGACGGCCUCGGCGGGCGAGGCAGGCUGGAAGCAGCAAGCCUCACCACACCCUCUGUGCCACCUGCGUUUCCACAGGUGAACACUUGCCGAUCGACAAGAGAUUCUCACUACCCACUGUAAACCUUUCCCAGCACUCUCCUUACAGUACAACUGCUUAUAGUAUGCCAGCAGUUUUCAAAUGAAGUUUAGCUUCUUGGCUUAUAACUACAUUCUAAAUAUUUAGAGAGAAGGCGAGUAAGGCAGAAACAUGGCAGUGUGAAGUCCAUUGUAAUAUUCUUUUAUUGCUUCACAAGAUGGAGUAUAAAUAAAAAAAAAAUCACAGAUGAAACUCUAUGAAGCAGCAGGUUAGGAGGGGUGGUGCCGGCCCUCGUCGGCACUGCCGGUGCUUCAGUGGAGGAAGAUGACAGCAUAGUGAAAUUUUCAAGCAAAUCUAUGGAAAAUUAAAAUUCUAUUGCAUAAAAUAUUGUAAUAAUUAACUAAUAGGUAUUGUAAUUAAAUGGCAAUGAAGAGAAAAACAGACAUCAAGUAAAGCCUUAAAGCCUCCUCCCUCACGCCCCGGCAGACCCGCGUCGCCACCACCGGGCCACGGCCGCGCGAGGGGCGAUGCGGGUGUGCUGCAGCUGGAUAUGUUGGAACUAGUGAAGACUUGAAAAGCAAAAAUAAUGAAUUAGGAAAUCGAAUAUAUAUGCGUGUCUGGGGCAGCCGAUUGAUGUGGAGACGUCCUCCGCGCCUCAGUUUGACGUCGUGGCGGUGAAGGAAUAGUAACGUGAGGCGGGAACAGCGAAAGUGAUAUGCUGUUAUCUCACUUCAUUUGAAGAAACUGUGGUUUUGUCAGAAUUUCUAGUUUGAUGGUGUAAACAAAUAUUGCAGCACGCGAGGAUCUUUUGUAAAACUUAAUGCAUAAUAUACUGUAGUAGUGCAAGAAGGUAUGCGCCAUGAAAGGAUCUUAGUACAACUGAGGUGACAAGCUUCUAUAUCUUAGGAAAGAGCCUCUCUUAGUUAGGUUUAGAUGUAUAAGGUAUGAAAAACAGCAAAUAGAUAGGUGGAGGUGCUGUGUGCUAGUAAUAUUCAUUAUGUAAAGCAAAUUUGUCGUGAGAGAACAUUAGAGUCACAAAACUACUUUAAAAGGAAGUUAUACAGUGUCAGUCAAAGAAGUGUGUCUGAUUCCCUCAUUAGUCUGGAUCAUUGCCAAGGGGGAAGAAUAACGUUAGAAAGUGUGAAAGAUGCCGGGAAGAGAAGACUAGGAAGCAAAAGUUAAAGAAGAAUUGUUAAAGGCACGAGAUGAGACAUGUAAAAAUAUUGAAAGCAAUGUCUGAAGACACUACAUAUCUAAGUAGCGUCCUCAGUUUAUCUGCAUUCUGUCUUUCUAAAAGGUGCUCACACAAAACUACCAUGAGCCGUACAAUGACUCAGAGCUCUAAGGAGGAGAUUAUACGUACUCUUGCCUUCCAUACGUUCCCUUCCGUAGGUCUGACUCGAAUCACAGCCAGAAUAUUGGCAGCUACAACACCAAGGGCUACCAGUAGUUUCAAAACUUAGGCAUUAUCCUGUAUACCAUAACAGUUAAUCUUCAUCCGCACAAGGUUGGCAUAUUCAUGAAGUUAAUGCCAACACAUGACUUGUUUACAUCUCAGGCAACGUGUAUUGCUUCAAUAUAUACAUGUACCUAGAUUACAGAUACUUUGACACCUCUCCUCCCUUCAUUGUGCUCGCUAUGUAUUUCCAUACCUUCUUAAAAUUAACUUAAACACUACAAAACCAAGACAAACGUAAGCAGUGAGGCAAGAGAACCAGGAGCCAGGGCCGCUGGAAGUUCAUGAGAAGGCGAUGUGAUGGACGAGAUCACGAUGUUUCCUUCCUUACUGAAUGGCUUUACUUGGUGGUGUUGCUGGUCGGGGGCGUGGAAGGUCCUGAGGCUGUAGGAAACACCUUGGAGUUGCAGCGAUCAGCAAGGUUUGUCAUCAUCAGGGAAAAGUAGACAUCACAGACAUUGGGCUGUAGCUGCUUUCUUCUCUUCUCUUGUUACAGCUACUUCAGUUUAAGCUCUCCAGCGGCAGGUGCUCCUUGAUUAGCUGUGAAAGUGCAACAGUGUCAGUGAUAUAACAACACUGAUAUAUUUAUUUAGUAAAUAAGCUUUUAUUUUCCAAGCCCUAUCAUCCACUGUUUCAAUAAAACUGUAGAAAACUAGAAAUAUCAUCCUUAGGAACAUCACAUGUGACUAGUAUUUGUGUAAAGAAAUUCCAUCCAUGGAUGAAUGCCUUCACAUUGAAUUUCUGAAGUCAUCACUGAACUGAAUGUAAGACGCUUAUAGAUAGUAAAUAAAUAAGAAGCCAUAU